CUUUGGGUUGCUGGGGGCCAAGCGCACCCUGAGAUAUGGGUAUGGCUCUUGCCCCCCAGAACCUGCCGAAUUCUGUUUCUCGUCACGCCCGCCUCCAAAACACUCACGAUCAUCACCCAUAACCAAAAUCCAAACCCGCCCGAAGAGUCCCAGAAGAGCCCAACAAACACGCUUCUUACACAUCAGUUCAGAGUAGUCUUCAUUUUUGACUUCUGAGCACCUUUGAGGAUUUUGACGCCAUGGCUAUGAAAUAGAUUCCGCAGCUCCCACGAGCUCUCGACCCACGGAUACCUGGACACUCUUACUGGACACUCUCUUCUAUACCACAACCAUUCCACCACCAUAAUUUAUCUACUUCUACCGACUGUGACCUCGACAUGGACGAUCCGGGCUGGUCAUGGCCGGCCUGGAAAUUCGGCAUGAAGAGGGAUGACCUCUUUCAUACACUCCACGAAAAAUACAACACCUUUACCUUUAACCUCCAAGACCCCGAAGCCUUUCAUCACGACGUUUACGAAAUUUCCCGCGAUGCCGAUACCGUCGACGAUUUCCACCGCUUGCUGGAUGAGCGAAAGCAACAGCGGAUUCACGAACUCCACGAGUCUCUCGAAUCUCUCGCUGUUGAGAUCAUCGCCAACCCCAAGUUGAUGGAUUCUGAACAUUGGCAGUACGCCCUUCAACUCUUCCGGACCAAGUCUUUCGACUCGAUCGUCCGUUAUUUUGCAAGCUACCUACCCGAACAAUUUCUCGAUCACAACGAUCGUGAUCAUGAUGCUAUUUCUAUUGCUUCCUUGUCCUCCUUCUCCGAGACCAACAGCGUCAAGACCGAGAGCACCACGGCCAGCAGCGUCGAUGAUGCCUCUAGUUUCUUUGAUGAUGAGCCUAUCUUGACAAAGGGUCCCCUCUCGAUUCAUACGGACAUUCGAUCAUCGUCUGUUGUUCAAGCGCCCCCCUCGCCCCCCCAUUCCGAGGCAGCGCACGGCGAUGAGUCUUCUGUUUCCUCUCCUACUUCCAUGGAGUCGCACGAAUACUCCACCCCCCCUUCACGUUCCAUGUCAUUUUCUGGUUCCGAGACAGCUGCUGCUAUCUCUGACUUGACCAGAUCACUCGUUCACGACGAAGAUGAGACCUCGCAGUUCGAUGACGGCGACUUUGCGGUCGCCUCGGAUUCUGAUUGCGCAGAGAGCCAGUCGUCACUGGACGUAAUGGAUGAUGGGGAACAAUCUAAUGACAAGUAUGAGGAUGAUCUAGAGGAGGAGGACGAUUUUCCUACUACUCAAUUUCCUGAAGAUGCUAGCGACGGUUGCGAUUUCUAUGACGAUACCCCAAAUUUCGAUGACACACCGACUCCCCGACAGGAGUCUAUCGCGCCCUGCUAUAUUGAGUACAAGUCCGUUGCGGCAUGGAGAAUACCUUCUCCUCGUCGUUCACCCUCCCCCUCUCCACGAAGCCAUCACCCCUACCGCCGAGAAGGCUCAAGUCUGAAGGACAUCCGCCGAAGUCCUGAGGAGUCUAUGAGCAAAAUUCAGAAACCGAUGCAUGAGCAAAGGAAAAGGCCGACGUUUAGGAAACGGCUUGAUUAGCGUUUGGGGAGGCAGGGUGCUUUGUAUAUAUUUGACGCAAGCGAUAGAUACCUGUAUCUGAUGACUUUAAUCCUUUCUUAAUCACUUCUCUCCACAGUCGCUUGCGACAUGGUCACUCUUAUACACUGCCUUGAUAAAGAGGCUCUGGUGGUCAUUUUCAAGUGAAAAUGCCCUGCUUUUAGAACAUCCAAGUGAGUACGUUCCUGCGCCUGAUGUACCUGCAGCAUUUGACGUGACCGUUUUACCCGUAUCACGACACGUGGGUCAUGUGGCUUUGGUGUUGACAUGCGACGGCGCAACCAUCACGAGGCACAGACCAUUUGAAGAGUGAUAUAUACUACCACGUGGGCUAAUGACGUACACGAAGCUUGUUCGCGAUGGGAUUGUCGGCGAUUGUUGAUCGGGAUCGAAGCGUACCUGCAUGCUGUUCCUGGCGGCCGGCUGCCAGGGACGCCACAGGAAGUUUGCUGUAACGGCAUGGUAAGUUGUGAGGGUGUACGAUAGAGAGGUACGUUACAAUAGAUGAGUUAUCUCAUGGUUGUUGAUUUACUGUUACACCAAGGAGUUUGGGGUCUUUAUUCUAUGCUAUCUCAUGUUAAUUCCCGAGUGUAAGUUUAUGAAUCAUGAUGCUUAUUAGAAGUGGUGUAAUGUAUGUUGUUUGACUUGUAUAUCAACUCAAUAUGAGCCCCUUGGAAUGAUGAAAUAGAAUAAUAUAUGAAAAGGAUUCUUAUAAAAUGAACUCCAUCUCGCAGCUUGCUAAAUAUCUCUCUCCUAGUGACAUUGCCCGGCGUGUGUGUGAAUCGUUGAUUUUCUUAUGAAGAUACAACCAAGACCAUUGACUGCCCCAUUAACUCCCUUGAACUUUGUUUAAAUUGAGAAGUCUGA